AUGUUUCUGAACACUAACCGUCCGUGUGACAUUCUGAAUCGAAGUGGAUUCGAUAAACAAUAUGAAGAGUAUAAACAAGGAAUUUAUCUCACUCAGUGUGUGAUGAAUGUAUUUCAAGAGAAAUGUGAACUUCAGUCGAAUUAUUCACGAGCUCUAUCAAGAUUAAGUGGUCGUUUACGUGAUGCUCUGGCAAAAACAACGGGUGGCACAGUACAUACAGCUUGGUUACGGAUAGCUAAAGCUUUAGAAAUGGAAUCAAAACUACAUGAAAAAAUUGUUAAAAAUUUAUUGAAUGAUUUAAUUAAACCAUUAAACAAUUUAAUUGAAACAUUUAAAAGGGACAAAAAGUCAAUGAAAAAAUGUGUUGACAAAGAAACAAAUAAUUUAUUCUCUCUGUACGAAAUGGAAUUUCAUGCCAGACAUAAAUUAUUUACAUGUUUUCGUAAUUAUGAACGGGUUUGGUACAAUUAUCACAUACAAUCAAAGGAUCAACGAAAACAAUUAAAUCAAACUAAUCAGCUAAAUAAUGAUAAAGAGAAAAAGCGUAGUUUAAGCAUGAAUCGAUUUGAUAUAUCUAGUCUGUCGACUUUAGACUCUAAAAGUAACUGUUUAUUAUCAGAUCAUUAUUCAUCGAUUAGACGAAAUUCUAUUGGUAUCGACAUGAAAUUAAUUACAACAACUCCCAAAUCAUGUGACACAACAACAUCAAACCCAUUAUCUUUUAAAGAUACUGAUAGUUCUACAAGUCCAUGCUUUGCUUCACGAUCUAGUACUUUGUAUGCUUCUCUACCCGAUAAGAAAAAUCCAAACAUUAUUCGACAUCAUAGCAGCUUAUCUUCAAGGAAUGAAAGAAAAGUUUUAACAAUUGACAAGUUUAAGGACGCCUAUAAUACAACCCUUACUCACUAUUAUCGAACAUGUGUGUCAGCUGAAGAAGCUAGAAUUGAUUGGCAUUCAAAAAUCUUGAAAUGUCUUAAUCAUCAACAAACAUUAGAAAAUGAUCGUUUAACUAGUUUGACUAAUGGUCUAACAGUUUAUCGUAACACUUUAGAUGAUACUCUACCAACUUGGAAAGCUGUUAUAAAUGAAGUAGCUAAUGCUAUCAGUUUAGCUGAUCCACUAUUAGAUUUACAAAGUUUUCGACAUCGUUCUCAUCAUGAAGAUUUGUCUCGAAUGUCACCGCAACAAUCAACAAAUUCAAAGAAUAAACCAACUGAUGGUUCCAUUAAAUCAAAGAAUGUUGGUUUUUCACUUCAACGUCUCAUUGAUUUACCAUGUGAAAAUGUAUUAUUACAACAAAAUCCACAGCAACAGAAGCCAUCUAGUCCGUCCUCAAAAUCACAGGCAUUGAAUAUUAUACGUGAAAGAGAACCUCAGACAUCUGUUGACAAAAGCAAAGAAAACACUCAUAUAGAAUUCACCAGUUCAUCGUCAACAUUAUCGUCGUCAAUAUCACCAUCAUCAUCAUCAUCAUCAGUUAACUUACGUUUAAUAAUUCAACACUAUUUAACUAAAUCGUCAAUAUUAACAUUGCUUGAUAUGCUAAUGAAAGAUAUUGAAAAAGAACGUCGUACAAAACGAGGUUUAUCGAAUUUAGUUCAAGUCUACGCUCACCAACCAGCUUAUACCAAUAUAGAUACACUUAUGGAAUCACGUCAUCGUUUAUACUUCUCACGUGUACGUCUCACCUAUCUUUUAUUAUGUCGUCAAAAAUUAACGCAUAGUUUAAAACAAAUUCAUUCAAGUUCAUUUGAAAAUAUAGAAACAGACAAAAGAAUCUUCAACUCAUUAUCAUCAUCAUCGUCACCGUCGUCAUCGGAAAACCUAGAAUUAUCUUCAAGUUUAGUGCAGGCUGGAUUUUCCAAAUUGAUUCUUACUUCACGUAUAUGUUCUGACUUAAAUAACACUAAAACUAUCAGUAAUAAUAAUAAUAAUGAUAAGAAAUCAUAUUUGAUUACAUCACGUUGGAUACGUUUACCUGAUAUGGAUAGAUUAACUAAUCCUGGGUUAAAUUUGAUGGAAUGGCCUCCAUUUCCUGUAGAGGAUAUAACAUAUGAAAAUAUAAACGAUAAUAUAUUUCAAUUAGAUAUUGAAAAGAUUCGUGAACAACUUCAAUCACAAUCUUCUUGGAUAUUAGACUGUAUGAAUAAUGAUAGUAAUAAUAAUUAUGAUAUCGACAAUGCAAGCACAUCGAGUAGUACACAUUGUACUAUUACAUCCAAUAACAAUAUAACUGAUAAAUAUCACAAUAUGCCUCAAGAAAUGAUGCAUAAUCAGUCUCAAUCUCCAAUUAAACCAAAUGUUACGUGUUCAGAAAAUUCGAUUACUUUCACAUCAACCAACAGUUUACACAAUGGUAACAUAAUGGAAAAAUUUGGUCAAACAUUAAAGAAACCUUUUCAUGGUCAUACUAUUGAUACUAGUAAUCAUGACAAAUCAUUAGAAAGCAAUAAUCGAUCCACUGUAAUCAAGCGAUUUUCCAGUAUAGAAGUUUCUAGAAAGCGAUCACCUGAAAUUUCCAGAAUUCAUUCCGAACGAACUGAUAUUACUACUAUUAAUAAUAGUUUAGGUACUAUUAAAAAUAAUACUGGCAUUAUUUCGAAGCAUUUGAUGCUUGAUCAUUCAAGAAAUUCUCAUAAAUCCAUUGUACCAUUGGCAACUGAUGAAAUUGAUACUGAAGAUUCUAUGGACAAACAAUGUUCAUCAAUAUCGUCAGUUCCUUAUUCAUCAUCUAUUUCGUCGGAUAAUACUGAAAAUUCUAAAGAAAUCUUAACCACUAAUUCGUUUUGGUCUCGUCUCAGCCAUGGAUUACGUGGAUCAUCUAAAAACAAACAACAAUCUAAUCUUAACAAAUCUGAACAUAAUGGCAACGGUAAUAAUUUGUCAUCUAGAAAAGUAAAUGCCAAAUCUGUAAUAUCAGAACCAUCAUGUUUACGCAUGGUAAACAUUCCGAAUAGUUCUUCCUCUCUUGAUUCAGGUAAUACUGGCUCCAUAGAUAGUGGACCUAGUUCUUCAUGUAAAUCAGUUCAUUUUCACACUGAUUUAAUUGAGACCGAUGAGAAAAACAAUUCAGAUUUGAAUCUAGAAGUUGGAUCCUCUUCCAAUUUGCAUUGUUUAGGUUGGGCCAAAGUUCAGAGAAACUAUCUGCCUCGCAAUUCCACUGAAAUUCAUUUACAAGAAGGUGAUAUUAUCAGUAUUUAUCGUAAAAUUAAUACUGAUUGGUGGUAUGGUGAAGUGAAUAAUAAAAAAGGUUUAUUCCCAGUAAAUUAUAUUGAAGAAUUUUGA